GUCCGCCAUAUUGCAUUGUGGCUGCGGCUGAAGGAGAGAAAGGGUCAUGAAGGGGAUUCGGAGUCUCAGUCAUUUCUCCAGGAGGCUUUAUGCAGCUCAAGCUGCCCACAAGUUGGAUGUUGCAGCACCAGCUUUCUCCUCGCAGGAGGUGCAGGUGACAAAACUGCCCAGUGGUUUGGUGAUUGCCUCUUUGGAGAACUAUUCACCUGCCUCCAAGAUUGGUGUGUUUGUGAAAGCUGGCUGUCGUUAUGAGCCUGUUGAUAGCCUGGGAGUCACUCAUGUACUGCGUUUGGCAGCUAAUCUGACCACUAAGGGUGCUUCUGCGUUCAAGAUCUGUCGUGGAAUUGAGGCUGUGGGCGGCAGUUUGAGUGUAACAACAUCAAGGGAGAACAUGAUUUACACUGUUGAGUGCUUGAGAGACCACAUUGACACUGUCAUGGAGUUCUUGAUCAAUGUGACCACUGCACCUGAGUUCAGGCCAUGGGAACUGGCUGACCUCACCCCCAGGGUGAAGAUAGACAAGGACCUGGCUCACCAUCGUCCACAGAUUGGUAUUGUUGAAGCCCUGCAUGCAGCUGCAUAUAAGAAUGCCCUGUCCAACUCUCUGUACUGUCCACACUACAUGGUGGGCCGCAUCAGCUCGGAUCAGCUGCACUCCUUUGUCCAGAAUAACUUUACCAGUGCACGAAUGGCUCUGGUAGGCCUCGGUGUGGACCAUUCUGUGCUGAAGCAAGUUGGAGAGCAUUUCUUAAAUAUCCGGGGUGGAGCAGGGACUGUUGGAAAAAAGGCGCAGUACCGUGGAGGCGAGCUGAGGGCUCAGAAUGGAAGCGGCCUGGCACACGCCGCGGUGGUGAGCGAGGGAGCCGCAGAGGGCACCGCAGAGGCCACUGCUUUCAGAGUGCUGCAGCAGGUGCUGGGAGCCGGGCCACGAGUCAAAAGGGGCUCCAACACCACCAGCAAGCUGAGCCAGGGCAUUGCCAAGGCGACCACGCAGCCCUUUGAUGCCUCAGCCUUCAAUGCCAGUUACUCGGACUCUGGACUGUUUGGAGUGUACACCAUCUCCCAGGCCUCCGCUGCUGGUGAUGUGAUCAAGGCUGCGCUCGGACAGGUGAAGGCUGUGGCCCAGGGGGGCCUCACAGCCGCUGAUCUCAGCAGAGCUAAGAACCAGCUGAAGGCAGAGUAUUUGAUGUCCUUGGAGAGUUUGGACGGCAUGCUGGGAGACAUGGGGUCACAGAUACUGUCAGGGGGAGCAUACAGUACCCCAGACGCUGUGGCCCAGAAGAUUGACUCUGUGACUUCAAACGACGUUGUCAAUGUUGCAAAGAAAUUUGUGGCAGGAAAGAAAACAAUGGCAUCUAGUGGACAUCUAGAGAAUAUGCCCUUCAUUGAUGAAUUGUGAUAGUGGAUAUUUGCAUAAUAAUUUCAAAGGCAAGUUGUGCCUGGCUGCAUAUAAAACAAAGACAAAUCAUAAAUGGUUCUGAUCACCAAAAUGACUUUAAGCACAGAGUGUGAAAACAUUCUUGUCAACAGUUGGCAUUUCUUGUUUUCCCUAUAAUAAGUGGAUAAAGGUGGAAGGGAAGAUGCACCACUGUUGUCCUCUUUACUGUAUUAUGGAUGUAAAUUAAUUAAAGUUCAUCUAUGGGUAGUAUGAUGUAUUUUAUUUCCC